AUGACCUUGAUGAAAAUGUUCGAUAUCUGUCGUAUACUUAUCAUCAACCUCUAUACUCAAACCCCUGACAUUAUUGUUUUACCACCAUCUGCUCGUCACGAAAUAAUCUCAACAGUGAAUAAUGUUUGGGAUAUUGGCAUUGCCGCGUCAUUGGCUUCUUUGGCUGCUUUGAUUACACCCAACACAGCCAUACAUCGGACCGACAUUCAAUAUGAUGCCGUUCAAAAUGUCACCUCUUCACAGCCCAUCUUUGUUUGGGUUGAAACUCCAUUUAUUCUUCAACGACACCUCUACCGCUCUCCUUUCGCUGUCAUAUUCUCCGUGGAUUGUUUACCCCCAUUUCAUUCCCUAACCCUCGCCUUUCUCAUUCUCCGGUUUAUGGACAUCUACAUUCGCGAGGGUGACUAUCGACGAUUUCAACUCCUCGCUCUGACCUAUUGUUUCACUCACACUUCUGUUUAUGGUGUCCUUUUCUUUGACCAUCGGCUCGCUUUUGUUUUCAACAUGGCACAUGUGUGUGCUGAAUCAAGAUCCGACUGCCAUCGGUUUUCACAUUCUCUCCAUCCAAUCACAAGUGUGCCGGGGCAAAGUGUCUCACUUGAUUUUGUUUCGGAUCUUAUUGGAAGAGCAAGAAGACUUACUCAAGGCCAAAUUUAA